CUGGCCGUGAGCAUUGCGUCUCUUUGCUCUCUGCUCUCUCUGCUUUCUGCUAUCUGCUAUCCGCUAUCCGCUUCGAGUCCGGGUCAGAAACAUUGUUUUUUCUGCGAUCCUUUCGCCUUGCCUUCUGUCUGCCCUGUGAGUUCUCCUCCCUCCUUACUUACUUCCUUUCUCGUUUGCUGCCGUGAAACAUUCGCUUCCUUCCUCUCUUCCUUCCUUUCGGGCCUCUUGAAGGCUCUGCAGGGCACGGUUCACAGACGGUAACUCUGUCGAGCCUCGUGCAUUUUUCGCGGCUGUAGGUUGUUGUCCGACCAUUUUGAGUCUAUUCAGGUGAAGCUAAAUCGCACUUCUUCAAAUGUUCUUCAGGAGGCACGGUCACUAGCUCAGCAGGAUGAGUCCGUAGCUGAAUUAUGAUAACAUGAGGCCUCGUUAACAACAGAAUCCUGUUAGUACUUCGUAGUUGAAUCAGGAGCUUGCCUGCCGCCUGGAUUCACUGCAAGUAUGCUCGAAAGCGACUGAGAAUCAGUGGACAUCUCCAGCUCGUUGCACCGUGGCCCUUCUGUUUCGCCCGCCUCUGUAUCUGUUCGUUCUCUCAUCUGUCCGAAGCUCUUCGGGCUGUAGCCACCGGGGCUUCAAAUAGGUCUUGCGAGAAUCGAAAUGGAGCCUGGAGCUGAUAUUUGUGUGUGGCCAUUGGCUCGGGAUGUGCAGAAUACGGCAUUGGGGAUAUCGGGACACACCCUUUAACACUCGAGAGCGAAGCCGUACCGCCUGAAAUCAUCGAGGUGACACAUUCUUCUCGAGCGGUGAUGCGUUCUUGCGGAAUUGCCAAAUAUCGGUGGAACGAGCCGCCGCGUGCUCAAUUGUGCCCUCGGGAAGAAUGGUAAGAGCGCAGAGAACAGGUUGGACGGGAUAAGCGUGGGUCGGAGCUCUCGGGGAAGGAUAAUUUGCCAUCGUGCAGGCCGAAUACUAGGGUGCUGAGGGGUAGCUUGGUGCUGAUGCUGCUGCUAAUCAAUCUCGGUGAAGAAGUGCUGACGGAAUCUGAGGUGGAGGGGAGCGACUGAAGCUGCGGCAUAGUUGGUAGAGAGUGGAGACAGUUGUCGAGCAGAGACCGGUUUUGCAGGCAGCUGAGUCGAAAGUUUCUCAUUGCAGGCCAGAUGGAAGGAACCGCCUGACUUCUCCACAGCGUGCCAUGUCGAAGAAGAAGGCCGGAGCUCGACAUCAUCAGGAAUACAGUUUCCUUCGACUCUCUUUAUUACCCAAUCAUGGUUUGAGUAAAGUCACGGGGCAAACCAUACUCGACAUCCUUGACGCUGCUCUCACUGGCAUGUACGGCGUGAUUGGUGGAGCAGUUCCUCACGAUCUCGUGUCCUUCGGUGAAAAUAGCAACACUGCUAUCAUUCGCUGCAAGCAAAGGGAUGAGGCGAAAAUUUGGGCUGCCACAACUGUGUUGACGCAAUAUAAGGGUUCUUCGUUCCAACUUCAGGUUUUGGAAUCCUCCUCAUCGAUCGCCGUUCCCACGGAUACCGAAGAGUGAGCGAGAAUCGCUUCGCUACAACUGCAAUGAUGGAAUCCGAACAGAGAUUAUUGUCGUUAGAGAAAAUCGAGCCAUAAGAGGAACGAACCUUGGAGGAAGACGUGAGUCUUAUCUAGCAGGGGGUGGGCUGCGAAGGCAGGCGGAGGUGUCCAGAGGAACUAUGCUCGUUGUCCCCUGACAGAAGUGUAGUUCUUCGUAGAAUGGUACAGGCUCGAUAAGUUAUGGCUGAACAGGAAAUCAAGACGGAGAGUACCAAAAGCUUAUUAGGACAGUGUGUUGGCAAACUCGGAGACAGGUCCAGCAGUGAUGUGAUCGUCAGGUUGAGAACCGUGGACGGCAAAGACGACUGGUUGUACUGUCACUCGAGCAUUCUCUGUGAACACAGCAAGUACUUUGCGGCACGACUGUCCGAUGAUUGGCCGACGUACCACCUUCUCGAUUCCCGCAACUGUAUCGAGCUUUUCUGUUCUGAGAGCGAUGUCGAUCACCAUAUCACUCUCUUGAGGCUCCUGUAUGCGAAAGAAGAAACCCUGGCCGACAUGUGGCAUAAUGUAAAAAAUGCCCUCGGUAUACUAAAGGUUGCCACGAAGCUCGGCUGUGAUGGUAUGGUCGACAAAUGUAUGCAGUACUUGGAAGCUGUACCGUGGGAGGAGAAUGAAGAAGAGGAGAUUCUGAAAACGCUUCCCAUGCUCGGGUCUUCCAUGUUUCCUGUGUUGGCUCGAAUUCAGCCAGUGGACGCAGAGGCUGUCCGAAAUGUAUUCAUCUCUGCAAUCCGAGUGGCUACAUUGCCGGAGAGGAAAUCCUCCGAGGCCCUGGAGAAUUUUCCGAGUGAACUGAAGGCAGCCGCCCAAGAGCAGGUGGAGUACAUGCUGGUAGAGGACGAGGAUGCACCUUUGCUGGUAGCCGACGAGUCCGUGAAAAUAGAGUUGAAAAAGUGCUUCUCUGAGCUUUUCGAAGGGUUCAAACUGGAGCUGACAGCUCUUCUCCCGGAGGUAGUUACAGAGGGGGACUUGACGGACGAGUUUGUGCUGGAGAAGGUAUCAGAUCUUGCGUGGGCUGCACGGGUGCUUCCCAGGGUUGGGUUGUUGCAUGAGAUGGUGAUCCGCUGGGUAGAGACCUCCGAAUAUCUAUUGAAGGUCCUGUCUGAUGAUAGGUCCAAGGAAACCUUCUGGGAGACUAAGUUCAAAGUGGUGGAUCUCACCUCCAAGGUGUUGGAGGCCGUGGGUUACGGUAAUGUCAUUCUACCAGCUGAGCAGCGCACACACCUUGUCAAGCUCUGGCUUCCUUACAUUAGGGAGAUAAAACCUCUCUUGGACGCUAACUUCAUGUCUGGGAAGUUGUCACAGCGCAUGGAUGGGGACCUUUCUCAAACCAUAGAGUUGGCUUUUGUGUCUCUCAUUUUGUCCUUACCCUCGUCUGACCAAGCAGACAUCUUGGCAGAUUGGUUGAAGACUGAGCAAGCUCGAUACCCCGACCUGACUGAGGCCUUCGAAGUAUGGUGUUUUCGAAGCAAAUCUGCUAAGCGGAGGUUCAAUGCCGAUGUGUCAGGUGCGGGAACUGCUCCCAUUAGCAGCAGUGGUUGCGCAAUCUAGAGAGUCUUGUCCUCUGCCUCGAGCAGAUGUAUAUUACCCGAGUGAAGUUGACCCCCUCAACCUCGCUCUGUGAUUCAUUUUUCCAAACGAGGGAGUAGUAGUUCCCUCGUUUGAUCGCAUUACAUUCACAUUUACGUGUACAUGAUGGGCGAGAGUCUGUACGAUGCACCUGGAGUUCCAGAAUCUACCUUCUCUUGAUACAGCGCACGCAGGUUUCCUGCUCUGUGGAUACGCCUCUCUUCCCUCUUUUAGACCGGGGGAGAUAGACCUUUGCCUGAGCCCAUGAGAGUCAAAACUCGACAAUUAGGAAUUGUUCAGCUAGAAGAUAACUAGCCUGAUGAAAUAGUUAACAGGCUAGACGCCGCCUCGACUUCAGUGUGCUACCUGAGAGAGGGCAAUAUACCUCAAAUUCGACCUAGUCAGUUUGUCCUGGUCGUUCGAGUGGAUAUCUUGAUUGUGGCCAUGUAUCUAUCUUGACCCUCGUUGGUGGCCCGGAUUCUCACAUCUUUGAAAUGUUCAGGCACGAUUGACACAUCCCGUGGCAGCAUAGAGAGUGACUACAGUGUGAUUCUUUCCAUGAGGGGCAUGUGUGUUCUUGGGGAGACCAUUGCUCUUAACUUUCAGCGAAAUUACACAAAGUACCGAUACUGCUCGAGAAGCUGGCCUCGAGUCAGGCGUGAGUUGAGGAGAUGUAGGUGAAACAAUAUGUUCCUACUGUUGAUUUUUGACUUGUCUCUUAUUUAGUUUAGUUUUCGUCCAUCCAACAGCAGCCAGCAACCCAAUAGUUGUGGCGUAGUUGAUGAAGAAUCAGUUGCAGCACUCGCUAUGAAUGCGAGUUUUUUCACUGUCCCAGUGUAGCUGCCACUUUGACCUCUUCACUGUAAAAAUCGACUGAGCUAAGAAUGCUACUACUUCCGAAGUUUAUG